AUGGGGCUGACGAGCAGCAAGCCGAAGCGCCCACGGAUCACUGAGAGCGAUAGGGCGCUGUUGGAGCUCAAGGCCCAGCGACGCAAGCUCACAGCAGAGCGGGAGCGCAUCGAUGCCGUGAUUGACCGCGAGACCGUCGCGGCGAAGACGCUUUUGCUCCAGGGCAAACGAAGAGAGGCCGCCCUGUGCCUGAAGAAGCGCAAGCUCCAGGAGCAGCUCGUCGAGAAGGUCGACGGGUUCCUCUUCAACCUCGAGCGGACCAUGCUGGACCUCGAGGACACGCGGCGGAACGCUGAGCUCGUGGCAACUCUCAAGAAGGGCUCCUCCGUGCUGAAGCAGCUGCAGGACGAGCUGCGCGUGGAGGACGUCGAGAGGCUGAUGGAGGAGCGCGAGGGCCACCGGGAGUGGCUCGACGAGAUCGAGGCAGCCAUGGCGAGCGCGGGGGGCAUGGAAGAAGUCAACGAAGCAGCGCAAGCCGAGCUGGACGCGAUGGAGAAGGAAAUGGCCGACGCGGUGGGGGGGCAGCUGCCGGACGUGCCCGCGAAGGCCCACGUCGCGCCGCGCGCGGAGGGCGAGGCGGCUACGCAAGCGAACCAGCCGCAGAGCGCCGCGGACGCAAACGCAGCGCGGCAAGCGGUCCCGGCGUGA